AUGGCAUUCCCUUAUAAGAAAGUCCUCAUCAUUGGUGCCACCUCUGGGAUUGGCAAAACACUGGCUGAGAAGGUUGUUCAAAACGGAUCUAAGCUGAUUGCUGCCGGUCGGCGAAAGGAUAAUCUAGAAGAGAUCGUUCAGCGGCUUGGCAGUGACAAGGUUUCCGCGAAGGUGUUUGAUGUCAUGCAGCUCGAGCAGAUUCCUCAAUUUGCUUCUGAGAUCAUCGCGGAGAACCCGGACCUGGACUGUAUCUUUGUCAACUCAGGGAUCCAGCGCCCGUUUGAUUUCUCGAAGCCGGAAACCGUGGACAUCGACAUCUUCGAUCAAGAAUUGAUCACAAAUUAUACAUCGGCUGUCCGCCUGACAAAGGCCUUCCUCCCACAUUUGCAAGGCCAGAAUGCCCAAACAGCGAUCGCCUUCACGACGUCUCAAAUGGCCCUGGUUCCCAUGAUGCGAUGCCCGAACUACGGUGCAUCCAAGGCUGCACUGCACCACUUCAUUCUGGCCCUUCGCACUCAGCUGGAAGAUGGGCCUGGAAAUGUUAAGGUUUUGGAGAUCUACCCUCCCGCUGUCCAGACCGAGCUUCACGACACUAAGCACCAGCCUGAUUUGAAGGAUGGACAUCUGAUUGGUAUGCCAUUGCAGGAGUUUGUGGACGAGGUUUGGGGCCGGAUUUCACAGGGCGAGGAUCAGAUCCCGGUUGGGUCUGCGCAGGAUAUCUUCAAUGCUUUCGAGAUCAAGAGGCAAGAGCUGUAUCGCGGUAUGACGGAGCUGCUUUCUGGAUUGCUGAAGCAGUUUUUGAGGUAG